ACAAGAAUUUAGUAACUUGCCUUGAGAGACUUUAUUUUCUGAGAACUUGAGAGCAGCGAACGAGGCAAAGUAGAAUGUCUCUCGAGGAACCAUUUGUAUUAAAUCAUGAAAUGACCAACUUUGUCUUAUCAAACUUUUCCGGGAGCGAAAGCAUCAAUCACUCAACGGUCGUGUUUGACGAAUCCUGGUGGUACCCAGGGAUUGCAAUCACUGUUGUCUAUGGGCUCAUCAUUCUGGUAGGACUCGUCGGCAACAUUACUCUGAUCAAGAUCUUCUGCACUGUGAAGUCCAUGAGGAAUGUUCCCAAUCUGUUCAUCUCGAGCCUGGCUUUGGGAGACCUGCUGUUGCUGGUGACGUGCGCCCCCGUGGAUGCUAGCAGGUACCUGGCGGACGAGUGGCUCUUCGGCAGAGUCGGCUGCAAACUCAUUCCCUUCAUCCAGCUCACUUCAGUGGGGGUGUCUGUUUUCACUCUCACUGCGCUGUCCGCAGACAGGUACAAAGCUGUUGUCCGACCCAUGGAUAUCCAGACCUCCCAUGCCACCGCAAAAAUAUGCAUCAGAGCUGCUUUCAUAUGGAUCUUCUCCAUGACUCUCGCCAUCCCUGAGGCAAUCUUUUCAGACCUUCACACCUUCUAUGUCCCAGGAACCAACAAAACAUUCAUUACCUGUGCCCCAUACCCUCACUCAGGAGACCUCCACCCCAAAAUCCAUUCCACGGUUUCAUUCCUUAUUUUCUAUGUCAUUCCACUCAUCAUUAUUUCAGUAUAUUAUUAUUUCAUUGCCAAGAACCUGAUCAGGAGUGCGACUAACAUGCCUGUGGAAGGUAACAUACAUGUGAAGAGACAGAUUGAGUCCAGAAAGAGGCUAGCAAAAACAGUGCUGGUCUUUGUAGGCCUAUUUGCAUUUUGCUGGCUGCCCAAUCACGUCAUCUACUUGUAUCGCUCAUACCACUACUCAGAAGUGGACACUUCUAUGCUCCACUAUAUAACCAGCAUCUGUGCCCGAAUCCUGGCAUUCACUAAUUCAUGUGUCAACCCCUUCGCUCUUUACCUGUUGAGUAAAAGCUUUCAAAAACAAUUUAACAACCAGCUGUGCUGCUGCAGAGCAAGGCUGCUCAUCCGAACCCAAAGCAUGGGCAGGAGCACAACCAGAAUGACCUCGCUUAAAUCUACCAACCAUUCCGCUGCCAGCUUCAGUCUCAUCAAUGGAAACCACAUAUGUCAUGAAGACUGUGUAUAGCAGCUCUGACAAGGAAGUGUAUCAUGAAUGGUAGUAGGUUUUGAGUGACAGUACUGUACCUGGUUACAACAGAAUACGAUGAUGAUGCGUGACAAUGUUCCAUUAAAAUGGGCAGAUAACAAUCUCAUACGAUAGGAAAGGGCCCUAUUCACAAAACUUUAGCUAAUGUGUCACUCACCUUGUAACAGUACGACCGUGUGUUUGCAAGGGAAAUAAUAUAGUCCAGAGAACACAGGUUUCCUGAUGUUCACUGUGAAUUCCGAAGGGAGUAUUUUUUGUACUCUGGUGCUCCCAGGGGGCUGCAGAGACAAAAUCGUCAGGCUGUUUCUCCUCACCGUGAGCCAGCUGACCCUACUGCUCUGAAGAGCUGAAGUGGACACCUGCAGGGCUAGCUUUUGUCCUCCUGGGGCUGGGAGCUCGCAGAUUUUCACUGGUUUGAGCUCCUUGGUGAAAAGUGGCGGGCGAUCACAGGAUUCCCACUGACCUUCAGUUCUCCUAAGCUGGGGAGUUGUUGCAUUAAGGGAACUGGUAAUAAAUUGGGGAGAAAAACGGGGGGUUGAUUAAAAUAAAAUAAAACUCCUCCAAAACACUUUAAAAAAUAUAUAUAUAUAGUAAAUCAUGAGUUAUAAGGCUUUGUGAAUUAGGCCCAUUAUGUAUUUCCAUUCUCUUUUAAACAAUAUCAUAUGUGUAAAGUUAUACUUGUAGACCACAUGUAAGUAACAGAUUACACUGGGAUUGUACUUAUGAAAUAUUUCAAGAGAACUUGAUACUAUAAAAGUUGGUUGCUGUUUAUAACACUGGUGGUACAGUAGUCAAGAAAUACUGUCCAUUUGCUUUCGUCAAAUGCUUGGUUGCAUUGAUUCAUUUGUUAAAGGAGAGGAAACCACAUUUCAUCACUAAAUCAGUGCAAUUCGGAACACUGUCUACUCAGCCAUGAAGAGGCUGGUUCUGCAGGAUAGUGAGGAGGUACAAACUGUUUCUUUUUUCCUGAAUUGAACUGUAGUAUUGAACACUACUACUUGUGCCUGUAUUAUGCAUGAAUUAAUUUAUUUUUGUUGCUAUAUGCAUGUAUAUAAUAAUUAGA